AUGGCUAAACACUCUAUUGCAAUCUUGGGUGCAAAUGGUGCCUUGGGCGCACCUGUUUUGGCCGCAUUGGAAAGUUCUACUUUUAGAGACAGCUUCCAAAAGCCAGCCAUCCUCAUCACCAGAAACGCUGCUGACAAGAAAAACACCGACGCUGUGGAAUACAGAAGCGGCGACCUUGUCGCUGAUCCAGAGGGAGUUGCCGAAACCAUCAAGGGUGUUGAUGUGGUGAUUUCUUUGUUGGGUUUCACCCCUGAAGUUUCUCAGGCCGCUGAGAAGUUGGUCUCGAUUGUAAAACCAAAACUCUACAUUCCUUCUCAAUUCGGUGUAGACGUUUCCUCGGUCCAAUCGGUGUUCCCCGGGUUCUUGUUGGGCAAAAAGCAACACAGUGAUGCUUUGAGAUCAAAGGGAAUCAAGGUGGUUGAUAUCAGCACCAGUUGUUUCGCCGGUGACGCCUGGUUGUAUGAAAUCAACUUCCAUUUCGGUGUCGACCAAGAACACAAGUCUGUCACCUUCUUGGGCUCGCCUGAGCAAAGAGUUGCGUUUACCCAUUUAAUUGAUGUCGGUCGCACCGUGGCCGCCGUUGCUACCGCAGACCCAGCCCAACUUCCAGAUAAAAUUGAGGUUCAAUCUGGUGUUGUGACACCAAAGCAAGUGGUUGAGCUGUGGGAGUCAAGACACGGUUCCAAGAUUGAGGUUAAGGCUGUCAUUUCUAAGGAGCAAGCAUUGAAGGAUGCACAGGAGGACUGGACCAAGAACGGCUUCCAGCCUCAGAAGUUCUUCUACUACCUCAAUGUGAUCAUUUCUCAGGAUGGCCUCGUCACAGAUAAGAAUGACAAUGAGCUCGUUAACCCAGGCGAGUCAUUGUGGAAGUGGGAGAAAUUUUAA